AUGGGCGACCAAGACCGGCGCAGCUUCUCCUUCCCUCCGCCGCUGCUGCACCUCCGCCUGCCAACACCACCGCCGCAGCUGCUACUGCGGCUGUUCGCGCCUCUCACCUGUACCUUAUCCACAGCCUCCUCUCUUGCUGCUGAUUUGAUUCCUCUCCCCCCAACUCCCCCCAACUCCCCAUCCCUCUCCCUCUCUCCCUCUUGUUCUUCCACUCCCCCCAACCUCCCCGCUGCUCUCGUUCCCCCUCUCCCCUCCCUCCUCCCGCCCCUGGCAGCGCUGGUGCUGGAGGAGUGUGGCACAGCAUGGGGAUUGUCGGCGAACGGGUGGCAGGUGGGGGGCGAGUGCGACACGGCGCAGUUCAUUGCCUGCGAUGCCAACGGACUCGUCACUUCCAUGUUGCUGGAAAGCGAAGGUCUACAUAGCUCCAUCCCAACAGCUCUUGGCACUCUCACCUCUCUCACCGCUCUGUACGCCUGUCUGACCGCUCUGUACGCCUGUCUCACUGCUCUGUAUGGGGCCUCCUCACCAUGUGCUUCUUAUUUGUCGUGUCUCAACCCAUCGUCACUCGCUGCCCUUUUCCACCCUUUCUGUACUUUGCUCCAACCUGUGCUGCAACCUGUGCUGCAACCUGUGCUCCAACCUGUGCUGCAACCUGUGCUGCAACCUGUGCUGCAACCUGAGCUCACUUCCGCUUUCGAUCUUGCUUCGGUUUCGAUUCCCGUCUGUGCUUUCCUACCUCCUCUCUCUCAAGCAGUCCUUGCCUCUUCCUCCUCCUCAUUCUCUCCCUCUCUCCCUCGCUCCAUCUCUCCUUCCCUCCCUCUCUCCCUCCCUCUUCCUCUUGCUCUCUCCCUCACUUCCUCUCUUCCCCUCUCCCUCUCCUCUCUUCCUCUCUCCCUCUCUUCCUCUCUUCCUUUCUUCCUCUCUUCCUCUCAUCCUCUCUCCCUCUCUUCCUCUCUCCCUCUCUUCCUCUCUUCCUUUCUCCCUCUCUCCCUCUAUCCCGCUCCCAUCUCUUUCUGA